CAGGGCUGUACCAGGAAGCGAGGCAGGGCGCAUGUGUGCAGGUCCUGAACUCCUCAGUCCUCUGGAAUUCACUCAACUUCAUAAAGGAAAUGAAAAUGGAUCAAGGAAAGACAUUUAUGACAAGUGGAAAGUUCUGCUUUGCCAAGUGUGGCUGGAGGGUGGGAACCCUGAUGGCUCUAUCCCUUCUGCAGCAGGCUCAAGGUCAUGUUCAACUUUUCCCUCCUCAAAAUGUGACACUGCUUUCAAAGGAUUUUGCCAUGAUUUUGACCUGGGCUCCAGGGGAAGGCUCUCCCCCAGAUGUGAACUACAUAGUGAGGUAUGAAAGCCAGGAUCGCCCAGAAAAAUGGAUGAAGGUUCCUCAUUGCAAAAACAUUCCCAGAACCUUCUGCAACCUGACUUGUGCCCUCUCCAACUUCUACGUUAAAGUCCGGGCUCGGGUGAAAGCGGUUUGGGGACAAUUCCAGUCGCCAUGGGUGAAAUCCCAGUUCAAGGAUUACUACUCAGAUGUGGAACUGGCUCCCCCUGUGCUGAACCUGAAUGUCAAGGAGAAUUUCAUCCAUGUGAGUGCCUCCUUCCCUCUGCCCACCUGUGUGGAGAACCUCACUUGGAAAUAUGACCUUAACCUCUGGGAAGCGGGAUCUGAAGACAAGAAGGAAUACGAUGGUUGCUUCAGGAAGGACACGGUGAUCAUCAACACCACUGCUCUCCGAGGCAAUUACUGCUUCAGUGCCAGGGCUCUCUACGAAAGCAUUGACUUGAAGCACAGUGAAUUCUCCCAGCCCGUGUGUGUGCUGCUAAACCACAAAGCAGUGGAGUGGAAGUUCCCACUUCUGGUCGUGAUCCUUCUGUUUGUCCUCCCCAUCUUUGUGGCCAGUCCCUUCAUCUGCAGCCUGGUGAAACAUGAGGCCAAGAAAAAGAAGAUGCCUCAAGUUUUGGAUUUCUCUCAAUUUAAAGCUGCAGGACCAACCUUCCACUUGGAGCUCAGUGAAAAGGAAUUCUGUGGUGAUGAUCUGAGCUACACGGAGAAGCCAAUGCCACAGAGGAGGACAAACAGAGCUUUAGGAGGACAUCACCUGCCAUGGAUGGCUUCUUUCCCAUCAUCAUCAUCAUCGUCAUCGUCGUCAUCAUCAGAGGAUGAGGAGGAAGAAGACAGCAGCACUUUCAUCCCAUACAAUGAAAUGCCUCGGUAUCCAAAGACACUUCGCAGCUGUCAGCCACCCCCAGCAGCUCAGGGGGAAACCAGCUUGGAUUCAGGAUCUGGAGGUCUCUCUGUGGACAGUGAAUCUGUGCUUGACCUCAGUGCCCUGGGUUUCACUCUCUUUGCAGAGAGGAAGGGUGAGGUGGACACCUCGGGAUCCCAGGCAAACGAGGAGACAUCCCUUUAUCACUGCUCCUCUUUGGAAAGAAUAUCCCUCACUGAGGUGAGAUUCCCAGGUGCCAGUGAGCAUGGACAGGAUGAUGGAAACAGGGAAAAGCUGGAAAUGACCCCCCUUCACCCCCUGCUGGGGGGGACUUGUGCUGAACCCAGCGAGCACCACUCUCACAGAAAGGCUCCUCAUUUCUCCGGGGAUUACCAGAAACCCAUCACUGAACUGCAGCUCCAGAUGGACUCGGGAUCGCAGCCCGGAGAGGAUCCCAGCAGCCAGCUGCUCAUCCCCUUGUGGACACUGCAGGUGGCAGAGGAUGAAGGCAUUGCAAGUGACUGUGGCAGUGACAGUUUUACAGAAGGGACACCGCCCGAAUCCACAGUGCUGAGUGACGCUUUUGAGACUUCAAAUACAGAGGGAAAAUACGACCCAAAGUUUCAAUUCCCAGGCUACGAGCACUCACAUUACUUGGGAAGGAUCUAAAGUACCCAGCAGGUCUGUGGAGUGCCUGGAAAAUGCUGGAGAGCUCCAGAUAUCCAGGCAAGGAUCCUGGAAUGAACAAGGACAAAAAACUGAUGUCUGGCCUAUCAAGACAAUGGCUUUAGGGACACAAAAGGUGCAUUAUAUUGCUAAGUGACCUCUGAUAAGGUGCUCAGGCUCUGGCACAGCCUGAGCCAGCCAGGGGUGAGGGAGGCAGGGGCAUCUCUGAGGGACCACCCAGCAAACAGGCACUGCCUCGGGGUCAGCUGAGAUUCAGAGCAAGGGAACAGCUGCGUGUGGGUUAUGAAAGGCAAAAGCACAACCCAGCACUGGGUGAAACCAUCAGCUGGGUCCUGGAAAUGCAGGGUUGUGCCUGCAUGUGGAUUUGGAGAAGAUUUUGAACCACUUCAUGUCACCUUUGCUUCCCUGUAAGUGCAGAACUUGACUGGAAGUUCCUAACAGAGACAUUCAGCACAAUCUGGUUUUUGUGGGAUGAGAAGUUCUCCACCUCAUCCUGCAGAGAUCACCUUCUGUGUUCCAACAGAGGGAACUGAUGCCAAAGUCAUAAAUGUGCAGCAUGUUUGUUUAUUUAUUUUUUGUUUUAUACUUAUUGAAGCUGAAACUCCUCCUGCUGUGCAGAAUGUCUGAGAGCAAUAAUAUUUUGAUAUAGAA